AUGUCCUCAAACUCGGACUGCGUCAGACCUGGCAUUGCAGUCGUCGAAGACGCCCCAUUUUGGCCCUUGCUGGUCACUGUCUUCACGUCAAUUCUUGAAGUUUUCGUCCUUUGUCUAGCUGGGUACCUCCUUGCCUGGAAAGGUAUCCUUGACAAGCGCACACAAAAGCAACUGAAUCGACUUAAUGUCUCCCUCUUCACGCCCUCACUACUAUUUUCCAAAGUGGCUUUCUUCCUCUCUCCAGAGAAGCUACGAGAGCUUUGGAUCAUACCAAUAUUUUUUGUGUUGGUGACGACAGUCUCCAUGUCCGUUGCGUUUGUCCUUGGCUGGGUAUUCCGAGUCAAGCGCUCUCAAAGAAACUUCGCAAUGGCGGCGGCAAUGUUCAUGAACUCCAAUUCGCUCCCCAUUGCGUUAAUGCAAAGCCUCGUUGUCACCGUCCAUGGACUUAAAUGGGGCUCUCAAGAUAACAAGAAUGCGAUGCUUGGGCGUGCGCUUACGUAUCUGGUACUCUACAGCACUCUUGGCAUGGUCCUUCGUUGGAGCUAUGGAGUGCGAUUACUUGCUCAAGCUGAUGAAGAAAACACGGACUAUGUCGAAGGACAGACAAGCUCGUUACCUCGCGGCCAACACGAGCAAUUCCCAUCUAGCGAAGGCACGUUGCGUCCAACCAGCUUGGCAUUUCCUGAGGGCAAUCCCGGCGCACCCAUUCCAUCCCGACCUUCGUUGUUAAAACCCGGCCACGGUCGCAGACAGUCACGAUUUUAUAAUUCAUUUCCAAACUCUCCAAACCAAUCUCGAUUGCAGCUUCCUGACGUUGAAACCAUUCCUAAUUCUUCUGCCGGCUCGACGUUUGUAAUGAGCCCAGAUGCAUCAGACUCGGACAGCGACUCAGAGACUACGCCACUAAUACUGGGACAAGCUACUAUCACUGAACCAGAGGCUCUUCCGACUCAUGUUCGUCGAAACUCGCGACCGACUCAUGGACGCCGAGUCUCAACUAAUGCUGGGGCUGGGGUUGAAAGCCGACUACGAAAACGGUUAUAUCGUGCAUGGGUCGCUCUCAACGAGUUUAUGACUGUCCCUUUAUGGGCUGCACUCGCAUCUUUGAUUGUCGCCUGUGUUGGGCCUCUACAACAUGCGCUUGACGUACACAUGCAACCCAUCAAAGGCGCUUUGACCUCCGCAGGCAACUGUUCCAUUCCUCUAACGCUAAUUGUCCUUGGUGGAUACUUCUACCCGGAGAAACCCAGCCCGACGCCAGCUUCAGCGGGUGAAAGAAUCGGGGCUUCUCACAGCGACAACUCUCUAUUGGAAAGCGUCCGAGAGAUGUUUGGCAAACAAAACCAGCGAGUCGCUGAUGGAACCGCGCCGCCUGCCCGCCAAGGCGAGACAAUCACUGUCGUUAUCGCGGUUUUGUCGCGAAUGGUUCUGACACCGUUGUUGUUGUUACCGCUCAUGGCCUUGUCAGCCAAGUUCGAUCUGCAUGCGAUCCUGGAUGACCCGGUAUUCGUUGUUGCCAACGUGCUGCUAGUUGCCUCGCCUCCGGCUUUGACUCUGGCUCAAAUAACGCAAGCGGCAUCGGGAGACGCUUUCGAACGACUGAUAAGUCGAACGAUUUUCUGGUCCUACUGUGUUGUUACACCUCCCACAACGAUUGUGUACGUCAUCAUAGGUCUUAUGUUGUCAAAGCUGUAG